AUGGCAAAGGGAAAGAGAAAGUCUGAGGCGGAAGAAGACGAGAAGGAUGAGAAGAAGAACAGCAAGAAGGCUCGCUUAAGUUACGACUUCUUCCACGACAAGCCUGAGUCAGCCAAGAGAGAUGCUCCGACAGUACUUGUCUGUAGGGGCGAAAAGUGCCACGUGUUCCCGCAGAUCUUGGAGAUCAGCUCAAAAACAUUCUCACAACGCUGGGAACAUAUCGUGCAGAACAACCGUACCUACGCAGUGCUGGAUUCUCUAGCCAUUCGGGGUGUCCAGGUCUACGCUAACUGGGCGAUGGACCACGAGAAGCCGGCCCUGGUUGCAAUUAAUGACGAUGGAGGCGACAUCCUGGAUGAUCUGAUCACAUGCUACCUUACAGCUCGCGCACUACGGGCAUACUUACUCUGCGAUCUGCUCCUCUACGAAGCCUGCAAGGUCGGCAGUACUGCCGGCAUCAAUCUCGUUGUCCGCAGAACGCACAUCACAAAAGUCUACGAGGAGACAAAAAGAUCGAGUGAUGCUCUACGCAACUUCCUUGCUGCUGUGGUAGCCUAUCAACGCCGCAAUAGCCUGGCCAAUCCAAUAUCCGGCAAAGACGAACGUAUCGACAAACAAAGGUCAAGGUUCGAAGCUCUGCCACAAGACUUUCAGUUCGACCUCAUGGACGAGCUGUCCAAGAACAACGCAGCUGAAAACCCCUGCCAGAGACCAAAGAGAUUUUUGAAAGUCGUGAUCUAUCACAUGGAGAAGAAAGAAGAGAAGAGAGCGGCUGCAGUCCGAGCUCGAUUGGAGGCAAGAGGGAGCGAGGGCUCACCUUUGUUCGUGGAUGGAGAGGAUGACUGA